AUGUACAAGACAACAAAAGGAGGAGCGAUUGAGGAUCACACUCCUCCGAAGCUAGACAGUGAUGGUCAUUUGGCGCCAGAGGAAGUUCAAAAGCGGAUAACUGCUAGCGAAUCUGUGAGCACAACAACUGUUGGGGACGAUGAAAAGACAGACAUUGAGUAUGCUACUGUGACGCAAAGAGGAUACUACCCCGACAUCCCUGGGAAGCAAAACCAAGACGCCCAUUCCAUUACAUUGACGUUUGGAGGAGAGGAAACUGAUGUCAUGUUCACAGUUUGUGAUGGUCAUGGAGCAUCCGGCCAUGAUUGUGCUCGCUUUGUCAACAAGGACCUGCCUCGAUCGAUUGCCAAAUUCGUUCGUCAAACGAGGUCUCAGCACUACGUCUCCAAACUCAAAGCAGAAGGAAAAUCAACCAAGGGAGCUUUCAAGCCCGAGCUUUGGCCUCUUCUGGAGGUUGAGGAGUACGAAGAAUGCUGUCGCAAGGGAUUUGCCGAAACAAACAAAGCACUUGACGAUGACAAAACGAUCAAUGACAAGCUAAGUGGUACGACAGCUAUAACAAUCAGUUUUCACAAGGGGAGAAUGACGGUGUGCAACGUUGGUGACAGUCGAGCUCUUUUAGGACAUUUCAAUGAGGAUGGGAUUCUCCCAAUUCCCUUGUCAAAAGAUCAAACUCCGUACCGAAAAGAUGAACGAGACAGAGUCCAAGCUUUAGGAGCCGAAAUCAAAUCAAUAGACCAACUGAAAGGACGGGAAGAAAUGCAUGACGAUUGGGGAGACAUGGUACAUGGAGAACUAGUGAACCCAACUCGCGAUCCGCCGCGCGUAUGGGUGAAGGGUAGUGACUUCCCUGGCACUGCGUUCACAAGAUCAAUUGGAGAUACUGUUGCAGAGAGCAUUGGAGUCGUCGCCGAACCUGAAAUUAUCACAAGGAGGCUGACAGAAAACGACAAAUUCCUUGUUAUUGCAAGUGAUGGUCUUUUUGAGUUUCUGACGAACAAAGAGGUCUGUUCAAUUGUUGAAGAAAAUGACAAUGCAGCUGACGCUUGUCAGAAACUCCGGGAGGCAGCAUAUACGCAGUGGAUAGAAAACGAGGAUCGAGUCGAUGAUAUCACUAUUGUUGUCUGCUUCCUAAACAACACCACAGCACCGGACCUAAAUGCUGCGGGCACUACAGAGGAUCUAGUAUCUGUGGUCGGAUCAUUCUAUGGGACACCAGGAGAGCGAGAGCUCAGCGCCAAGUCGGAAGAUGAGGAAGAAAAUGAGAAGAAUAAUGUCUUGCCAUGCGGACUGGACUUGUGUCUCGGAAGUGGUGGUGGUGAUUAG